AUGCACCAGACUCUCCCCGGAGACGACAUCUACGGGCCCGGAACCUACAUCGACAAGACCGUCCUGCCCGUCCCAGAAGAUGCCCGCCGCGUCUUCGAGCUCCUCGCCUCGAAAACCCCCGGUUUCACCAAAGACACAAACCUAUGGAACACCGUUCAAUUCGAAGGCCGGCCGGACCCCAUGGUCCCCGGCCCUAUGAAGUCCCCAGUAGUGACAGCAGCCCUACACGCCAUGUGCGGAGUAGUAGCCAACGAGCUCCUGGAACUCCGAGACGGCACACCGGCACAACAAGCAAACGUCACCGUCAACACCGACCACGCCGGCAUCUGGCUUGCCUCUACCUUCACCGCAUACGUCAACGGCAAGGAUAUUUCCGACCUUGCUCGGUCCCGCGAACUGUCAAGCAUCUUCGACAGAGACUUCGAGAAGGGGUUCGGAGUUGGUCCGUUGGCGGGUCGGGCAACGGCUCUGUAUCCCACCAAGGAUUCCAGUGUGUGGUAUCAGCUUCAUGGAUCGUUGGACGCGAGUAAGACGCUCGUCUCCAUGGGUAUUGACAUGGAUGUUCCUUUGAAGAACUUCACUGAGGGAUACGAGUAUAUCCGCGAGCAUGUGCAGAAGUGGAGUCCCGAUGAGCUCGAGAUGCAUAAUGUUAAGAACGGGCUGUGCGGGAGUAUUUGUUACUCGCCCGAGGGUUGGAGGAAGACGGAGAUGGGGAAGCGUCUCGCUGAGUAUCCACUCGUCAACUAUACUCACGAGUCGUAUGCUCGACCGACUUCUCCGGUCCAUCUGGUUCAACUGCCUGAUCGUCGUCCUCUGGCUGGUGUUAAGGUUGUGGAAAUGGUACGGAUUAUUGCUGGUCCUACCGUCGGUGUGACUUUGGCUUCCUUCGGAGCCGAUGUGAUCCGCGUGAACUGCAGCCGACUGGCUGAUUUGAAUGUCCUUCAAUUGACUCUUAAUGCCGGAAAACGAACAAUCGACCUCGACAUCGGGAAGGAAGAAGAUAUGGCACGGCUCAAGGAGCUAGUGGGCGAGGCGGAUGUCUUUGUGCAAGGUUUCCGUUACAAAUCACUCGACCGGAAGGGUCUCGGCCUUCAACAUAUGCUCGACAUGGCAGCGAAGCGAAACAAGGGUAUCGUCUAUGUCGACGAGAACUGCUAUGGACCCGCAGGUCCGUUUGCCGAUAGACCCGGCUGGCAGCAAAUUGGAGACGCCGCAUCAGGUGCAUCAUACGUAAUGGGUCGGUCAAUGGGACUUGACGAAGGCACCAGUGUUCUUCCCCCACUGCCAAUCUCCGAUAUGGCUACAGGCGUUAUCGGUGCUCUCGCGACCAUGCUUGCUAUCAGAGACCGGGCUCAAAAGGGAGGCUCGUACCACGUUGUUAGCUCGCUUGUCGCAGCCGAUGCUAUCUUGGUGGAUUCCGAAAUCGGUCUCUACCCCGUGGACGUGGUCAAGAAGACUGCCGAGACAUUCAAAUUCGCGCCUUCCACUCCUGAUCAGUUCGUCGCGGAAAUCUUGAUUCAGAUCGUUGAUGGAUGGAAAAGUGUGUUCCCAGAAUAUCUUGCACCGGAGUCUCCAUUCAUGAUGAGAUUCGAAGAUACCCCGUGGGGACAGAUGGAUUUGUUGAGGCCUGUGGUUAGGCUCGGUGAUAAGGAUGCCAGCCCUGUUUGGACAAGUCCCCCUGUGCCGAAUUGCCAUCAUGAUCAAAAAUUGAUCUGGGCGUAA